AUGCGCUUCGCUACGCCGCUCGCGCUCUUUGCUGCCCUUGCUGUUGCGCAAGACUCCACCGUCGUUGAAAAGGUCACCUCCACUACGAAGCAGAUCGUCACCGUCACCCAGUGUCAUUCCACCUACACCGACUGCCCGCUGAGCAGCACCAGCUCUGCCGUCGCCAUUCCCUCGGAAGUCUCUUCUACCUCUGAAGUCGCCUCUGAAGUCGCCUCUUCCUAUGAAGUCGUCACUCCUUCCAUCGUCACUCCUUCUUCAUCCGUCACUCCCGCCGGCAACGCCACCCCCGUCUUCCCUACCGGCGUCUUCCCUACCGGCGUCAUCCCCUCCAGCACCACCACUAGCGCCACCGUCGUCCCUACCGCUGCUGCGGCUCGUCUUCAGUCUGGCGCCAUGGCCGUUGCUGCGGCCGCUCUUGUUGCCCUGGCUCUUUAA